AUGUAUCCAUCUGAAUUUGCCUGUGGUGAGAUAAUUAAAAGCUUCAUUUUUAUUGAGAUCAUCGCAAUCUUAAUUCAAAUUGUUUUAUAUGCCAUCACAAUUUAUGUGACAAUAACUUCACCAUUUCACUAUAAUUUGAGAUUUAUUGGUGUUUUUAUUCUUUCCGGUUAUUAUACAUUUCUCAGUGGCCGCCUAGUUAACUGUUUUUACGAAUCAGAUAUCAUCAAAUUCUCAGGAGAUCCAAAUGAAAAUAUUAUUCUAAUAAUUACAAGUGGAUUACAGUAUACUUUUAUGGCCUGCGCAUGUUCAAUGUAAAAAUAGUUAUUGAAAAUAUACUAAAUAAUAGUGAAACUUUUUUUUAGAAGUUUCGUGGUUUUUGUAGAACGAUUUUACGCAAUAAAAUAUGUGGAAACAUAUGAGUUCAAAACUAGAAAAUAUCUCUCAAUCGGAAUUUGCCUAGAAGUUACAUGUUCUUGCAUCUCAUGCGGUAUAAUAUUGCUUUUCGGUAUAUCAAACAUUUUUUUCAUAAGAAAAUUAUUUUUUUUAGAUAUCAUUCCAAUAAUAUUCAUGGCGAUAUUUGGUUUAUUAGUUGGUUGUGCAUCUUUUAUAGCAUACUGUAUUCUAUUCACAAUAAAUCGAAAAAGAUUUGAGCUUGCAAUGCGAAAUAGUGACAAAUAUUCAUUGAGUGUUCGUUUUCAAUUGAAUGAGAGUUUCAAAAUAACAACAGUAAGUUAUAAGUUCAAUAAAUUUUCAAAAAUAAAAUAACAUACAGCUGAUUCGAAAUGUUAUUUUCUUUUCUGGUAUAAGUAAUUUGAUUAUGGGAUUAAUAUUAGUAUUUUCCGAAAGUUCAACAAUUCAGCCACAUAUCUCUUUAUAUCUUCACUCCGCCUUCAAUAUUUGUGCAAUAAUGUGAGAAAAAUUGUGAUUUUUUUGUAAAAAAUAAAUUUCAGAUAUUCUAUAUUCACUCUUUUGAUUCUCCUUCUGAGUGUCAAACAGUAUCGUCGAUAUUUUUUCCAAAUUCGAAUAGUUUGUGAGUUGUUUUGUUGUUUUUUGGCACCUAAAUUCCAACUGUAAUGAUUUUUCAGACGCAAUAGUUUAUCCAAUAUUUGGUCGGUGUUAUGAAUCAGAAUUCCGAUCCUCAAAAAUUCAGAGACAUUCAAUAGCUGAUGACACAGAUACGUAUUUCAAAAUUUUAGCGGCACAAUGGAAUUAUUAG